AUGGAAGGGAAGGACAAGGAGACCAAACCCAAACAUCGAUUGAAAGGUCUCUUCAGUAAAGAACAGAAGGCCACGACCGUCGAGGAGGUCAAUGAUUUCCUCCAUGGCACUUCCGACAAAUUGAAUUUCCCCGCCCCGGCCCCUCCUCGUCCUCCCCCUCCUCCUACCGCGACCGCGCAGACUCCACGGUUGACACCACUCGAUACAACCAACGCACGCCGAUGGCCACCCGCCGAAGAAGUCCAGAAUGCGAGAAUAGCGAGGGGCCGAUCUGCGAGUCCAAAACGGAGCAGGAAAGGGUUGGUAGUUCAAUUCACAAAUGAGAAGCCCGAGAUUAUUGGAUUUGGCGGGGAUUUUGCAGAACUGCCAACCAUCUCACUGAGAACCCGAGCCAACAGCCACCCACCAGAUCGAGAAGGACCUUCAACAGGAUACAGAGAUGUACGACCGCCCGGCUCUAAAAAAGCGUAUGUGGGGGAGAGCGGGGACAGCGAGACCUUUCGACCUGGACCGCUUCGACGUACUCCAACCAGAUAUUCGUCGAUAUCAGAAGCGCAAGGAGCUCCGGAGGUUAACUCAACUCAAGGCGGAGAUAUCCACACUGAGUCUCACCAGCCAUCCUCCUUUGCCGCGAUGAUUCAGAGAGAGAUGCGGGCUGAUGAAGGUCGUGCUCUGGUGCGGGCUGCUUCGAACCCCGCUACAGAUGAGCUCUUUUUACGAGGCGAGUCACCCGAAACACCAACUGUUGAUAGCAACUCUCCAUUGGACGAACUUCACCUCAAUACUGUGAAGACUGUGCACUCGCCUCCGUCUUCUAGCCUUCCCCCACAACUGACUCCUGGGCGCGUCUCGACAUCGAAGGGACCGCCACAAUCGACUUCUCCUCCUUCCAUGAUGAAUAAGUUACAGCCAAAUUCUCGCUCCUCAAUCUCCACUGACGCGAUCGAUGGCCCGAAGCCUAUCUCGAGGUCUCAAACUUCGGUACAAACCUUCGAACCCCCGAUGCAUUUAUCCAGAUCAGCAACCGUCACUCUGCAUGGCGCGGCAGCUGGUGUGGGGGAUGACGCUCUGAACGAGUUCACAUCACGAAUCAUGCAUUUAUUUACCCUGUUUCGCCUGUCUACCGAAUCCGUGAAGCCUCUUUCUAAGUGCUCCCCAGAAGAAAUCAUAAGAGCAGCUAUGUGGUGGUUUCUGAAGGGCCGGCUGAACUUGGAAGCCACAGUUCGAGAUCGACCUACCAGCCCAGGGGCCGUGCAAGCCAACUUCUUCGCACGUCAACAAGCAUACGCGGAUCUAGCGAAAGCGUGGUGGAUUGUAGAUACGGUCAUGCCUCAGCUGCCUGAACUCUCGAGCCAACAGAGUGCGAAAGAUCCCAGAAUGGUUGAGAUUCAAGACGCUCGGCAAGGCAUUAUAUCCAGUUUGAGGAAAUUGGCCAUGUCAAUGAAACGUAAUAAUUUCCUCCCUCCGGAAGAAGCCCCACUGCCACAAGGCCUUGACAACUCAAUAUUCUUCCGGGAAGACGCGGCCCAUCCGUUCCUCCUGAGUCAGAAACAAAACAUGCCCCUAAGCCUUUCAGACGCUUUGCCUCUGGGCGAUUCGACUAGAAAUUUUCACUAUGGUAGAGGGUUCGUAGAGGCUGUCUUAAUUGAAGAAGCCGAAGCACAACAGUAUCGUUUUCCGGCCUUGAUAUCUCUCGUUCGAAACCAGAAAGAAAGAGGCCUGACAGCCGUUAUCACGAAUCAGAGCGGGACGUUCAAUCUCUGUAUACAGCGAGACAGAGCAUCGGGGUCAGGAUGGGAGGAUGUCACAUGGCAUGUGAAGACUAACGCAAUUGAUAUCAAGCGCCCAAGAGGUUUCCUGCUCCGAUUGUUGUGUACCCAGCAAGAUUUCAGGACACUGUUUGGAAUCUACGACUACCAAAGGGGCAUAUAUUCGAGCUUGAAGUCUCGCCAGGACGAAGAAGUCGUCUUCGAAUCAACUCUAAAGUCAUUCCAAUACUUCGAUCACGACACAACUUCAACAUUUCCAAAGGAGCCUCUUGCGCAGUGUCAGCUGAAAGUCUUUGAGAAAAAGAUACCGGCCCAGAAAGGAGCCGCUGGAGGGCGAACUCUGCACCGGGGUUUCCGUCUUUGCGUUGUCACAAGCCCUAAGACCAGGCUUCUGAGAGGUAUAAACCAAGAAUUAGCGCCAAAUCUUCCUCUUCAAUUAAGUUUUCUACGUGGUGAAGGGGGGCUCCCAGCUCUUCUACUGAAGAUCGACGAUGCAAGACUGAGGUAUACCAUGGUCUUUACCUUCGAGGAAGUUAACGAACGCUCCCAUCUCCAUGCACGACUUACAGGUGUUGCACUUGGCGACAGAGGUGUAGUCGUUGGCGAAGUUAGUGUCGCAGCUUUCUCUAUAGCAGAUCUCGACUCUCAAGACUCCCAGUGCUUAAAGACGCUAGAUUGGCAGAAUGCCAGAGUUGUCAAAGAAGAGGAAGAGGAUCUGCAAAGCACCAAGACUGUUCUUUCUGAAGAUUUACGGGUAAUCAUGGAUUUCAAGACAGGGAAUCUCACAGACCGCAUGAACACCGGACAAGGCGAACUGAAGUUCCGACUGGGUGUCAGUUCCCAAAAUGAGUUGAAGAUCUUCCGGCAGCGACAGCAUGAUAUGACAAUAUCGGUGUCAUCGCAAGUAUCGAGAGAAUUGCCGCAGGAGCUUGCAGAGCUGCUGGCUAUGAUUGCUCGAUCCGAAUCAGUUCGCACAUAUACGUUCCCAAGCCUCGAAGAGCUCCACCGGUUCCAGGCUGCAGUGACACGUUUCACUGUGGUAUUCGAUGGACUUGCAGCCUCAUUCAAUAUUUCCCGUCGACGAAUGGUAGUGCCUAUCUACAAAAAGUGGGACGCUUCAACCACUCGUGUGCAGUUGGUGCAGAGAGAGAAAGUUGUGCAGCUGGUGGCAUUCUUUGAGAAUUUCAGUCACGGUGAAUGUAUGAACUUUACGCUCAAGAGCACGGAUGUUUUCGAGAGUUCCAGUCGAAAUGGCAAGUUCUCCUUACGAAUUGUGGACGCGAAAUUUGCUUUACCCAAGGGAAACGAGGGUGAGGCUGCGAUUGAUAAUGGUUUUGUCUGCCUUGAUCCAGUUGAAUACCCAGGAGAGCAUGAUGAUAUAACGAUUGUUUUUGAUAACGAAGCGGAUCGAGAGAGAUUUACUCGAGCAUUACCGGCGUCAGUGAAAGCGGCAUCUCGUAUGGUGUCUGUGCGGAGAUAG